ACUUUCACUUGCAAGUUGCGGCUACGGUACUCGUCCGGGCCACUGCCCACAUCACGAAAAGGUCCCUCCGAAAAGGCUCACUGGUCUCCGUCCGAGCUUUAUGGAGGUGGUCAAGGAGGUGGUGGAAGGGAGUCUACGGCGUUUGGCCAUGCGCUGACAUCAGGCCGUCCCAUUCUCGCGGCUCCAAAUUCUGUUCAGCUCGCCCCCGAAGCGGAAGUUGUGCCGUCGUCCGUUGUACACGGCUUUAACAUCUGGAAAAGACUUUUCGUCCAGGGAGCCAGAGCCAGAGCCAGAGCCAGACCCGACGGUAGCUUCGGGCGUCUCCUUCGCUCCCGACAUUCCGCACUGAAUUGGGCCCUCAAUUUGGUCGGUGGUUAG